AAAAAAUGAACGAUGGUUUGAUAUUCUGUCAAUUGAGUUCUUUUUUAUUUCCGGCACGACAUAAUUCGUACGUGAUAAAAUAAUGGGAAAACCAAGAGGGCUUCGCACAGCGAGAAAGCAUGUUAACCAUCGUCGUGAUCAAAGAUGGGCAGACAAAGACUACAAAAAGGCACAUUUAGGAACAAGAUGGAAAGCUAACCCUUUUGGUGGUGCUUCUCAUGCUAAGGGAAUUGUUCUUGAAAAAGUAGGCGUUGAAGCUAAACAACCGAACUCUGCUAUCAGAAAGUGUGUUAGAGUGCAAUUAAUUAAAAAUGGUAAAAAAAUCACAGCUUUUGUACCUCGUGAUGGUAGCUUGAAUUAUAUUGAGGAAAACGAUGAGGUAUUAGUUGCAGGAUUUGGCCGUAAAGGUCAUGCCGUAGGUGAUAUUCCUGGAGUUAGAUUUAAGGUGGUGAAAGUCGCAAAUGUAUCGCUUCUGGCUCUUUAUAAGGAAAAGAAGGAAAGACCAAGAUCUUAGAUACUUCCACAAAUUUUGAAAAAAAAAACUUAUUAUAAAUUCAUCUAAGAAUAAUAUAAAAUAAACAAUGCCAUUUUAAUGGUAGAGAGAAA